AUGGUCCAUGAGGCUGAGAAAUAUCGUGGCGAGGAUGAAAUUCAGCGUGAUCGUGUUUCGGCUAAGAAUGGACUUGAGUCUUACUGCUCUAACAUCAAGAAGACAAUUGAGGAAGAUAAGCUCAAGGAUAAGAUUAGCGAGGACGAUAAGAAGAAGGUUUUGGACAAAUGA